GGAGAGUAGCAGCAGGCCCGAGGCCCGAGGCCCGGUCCAGGUCCAGACCCACCGAGCCGGGCCCAGGAGGCGCCGCGAUGAGGGCCCGGGAGGCGCUGACGAACGCGGCCACACUCGCCUCCUACAGCGCGGGGCUGCAGGUAAUGUUUCGGGUGCUGACCUUCAUCUUGAAUGGCUAUACAUUGCGCUACGUAUCCAAGGAGACUAUUGGUGUUGUCAAUGUGAGACUCACGCUGCUAUAUUCUACAGUUGUUUUCCUUGCCAGAGAAGCCUUUCGGAAGGCUUGCCUAAAUGUUGGUGUGGAGCGGAAGUGGUCCCAGAUUAUAAACCUGCUCUGGUUAACGGUUCCUCUGGGGGUAUUCUGGGCCUUGAUCAUGGCCUGGGUGUGGCUCAAUUUGGUGGCAAUCCCAGACCCAGCAGUUAUACCUCACUAUGAGGUUGGAGUGGUGGCAUUUGGGUUCUCUGCUGUGGUGGAACUCCUCGCUGAGCCUAUGUGGGUGCUGGCUCAAGUGCAUAUGUUGGUGAGUGUAAAGGUGAUUGCUGAAAGUCUGGCCAUUGCUGUGAAAUGUGUACUGACGGUGGUGUGCAUCACUCUGGUACCACACUGGGGUCUCUACGUAUUUUCUCUGGCUCAGAUCCUGCACUCGUUCACUCUCCUUGCGUGCUAUCUGCUGUAUUUUAUGAAAUUUAUCGGCUCAAGGGAAGCACAGAGGAAAUCUUUCCCCCUCACUUCAUUGACUGACUUACUGCCCAAACCUCUGCCUCGCCAGCAUGUCAUUGAUCUACAACUGGCCAAACUGACAUGGACUUUUUACAAACAAUCUAUGCUCAAGCAGAUCCUGACAGAAGGUGAACGAUAUGUCAUGACAUUUCUUAAUGUACUCAAUUUUGGAGAACAAGGUAUCUAUGACAUUGUGAAUAACCUGGGCUCACUGGUGGCUCGAUUCCUCUUCCUUCCCAUUGAGGAAAGUUUCUACAUUUUCUUUGGCAACGUUCUUGAGCGAGGAAAGGAUCCCAGGCACCAGAGGGAGGAGGACGUUGGUCUGGCAGCACUCGUUCUGAAGAUGCUUCUGAAGAUGGUGUUCCUGAUCGGAAUGACCAUCUCUGUCUUUGGCUAUUCCUAUUCUCAGCUGGCGCUGGACAUCUAUGGUGGAUCAUGGCUCAGCUCGGGACCAGGCCCUGGUCUCUUGCGUUGUUAUUGUGUCUAUGUGUUGCUGUUGGCUGUUAACGGAGUGACUGAAUGUUUCACAUUUGCUGCAAUGAGCAACCAGGAGGUUAGCAGGUAUAACUUUGUGAUGCUGGCUCUGUCUCUGUCAUUCCUUGGCCUUUCGUAUUGCUUAACUUGGUGGCAAGGAGCCAUUGGCUUCAUUUUAGCAAACUGUUUGAACAUGGGAUUACGAAUUACUCACAGUCUCUGGUACAUCCGUCGUUACUUCCGGUCCACUGAACACCAGCCCCUCAGAGGCCUCCAGCUGGCCACACCUUUACUCCUGGUCUACCUCACUAGUGGAGUAGUGACUGUUAUCUCUCAGGCUGCGUUGUGUUGUGACCAAGGUUUAUUUUCCCGCUCGCUUCACGUUCUUUUUGGGGCCAUUUGUUUACUUGCGGUGGUUGUGGCAAUCGUCUCCACUGAGCCCAAGCUUGUACAAUUCAUCAGAGCUCACUUUCUCUCUCGGGACAAAACUGAAAUCGUGAAAUGGGAAUGAAAGCAGUCGAGUGAAUCGAGAGAGCAGAAGACAAACAAUGCCAACAGACUUGUGGGUCACACCACAGCAUUGGAUGAAGGAUUGUGUGGACAAGACCCCACCCCGUUGCAACCCACUGGAAUAAAACACUGCCGCCAUGGAAAUAUUCACCCUGUGUAAGAGCAUGUAGAUUGGGCAAACAUGUAUGUGUGUCUGUACUGUGUGUGUAUUUGUGUGUACCUAAUACUGUCCGAUCACACGCUCCCCAGACGUAUCUAUAAUUACUAUCAGAAAACAUGAUCACUGCUCCCAAAUUGCUCUCCCGUUGAAACUCCGAUCACCAGCCCGCUCAUUUCCCACCAACACCAGGUCUGGCGCGGCCUCUUCUCGGGUGAGUUGCUGGUUGUUUGUGUUUGUGCCUAUCUGUGUGUGAUUGUGUGUCGAAAGUGUGUGAGCAUGCGUGUGUAUGUGUCUUGAGUCUGAGAGUGUGCUAUGUCUGUGAGUAUACAUGUGUUUUACUUUCAUCAAAUACAGUUGUUAUUGAGGUGGGAGGUACCCAGUGUGAGGCAAUCUCUCGGGUGUGAGAUGGAACACUUCAUGGAACCGAGAUCCACGAGUUUAUAAGCUGACACCCUGUCUCAGUCUGAGGAAGGGUUUCGGCCCGAAACGUUGCCUAUUUCCUUCGCUCCAUAGAUGCUGCUGCACCCGCUGAAUUUCUCCAGCAUUUUUGUCUACCCUGUCACCGAGGACUGUAUUUGAUGAAAGUAAAACACAGAAACACAUAUAUACUCACAGACAUGGCACACUCUCAGACUCAGACACACGCAUACUCACACACUUUAGACACACAGAUAUGCACAAACGCAAACCAACAAACAACUAAAAGCUCGAGUCGGACACAAAGUUGGAGGAAUUCAGCGGCUCGGGCAGCGAAUAUGUAAAGUGAGUGGCGAGGAUUCUCGGGUUGGUCGGUGUGAGCUUGUUUUAAAAUCUGAAGGGAGUGGGUUCCAUCCAGCACCGUUUGAAGUGAGCUUGUACAUGUGGGUAUAAAGGGUCAAACAUCGGUGUGUUGACGAUGCCGGCCAAUGGAACAAGUUGGGGGCCCUCACGGGUCAAGGGGAACGAGACCACAAACAAAAGACAAUUGAUUAAAAUUACUACUUCACAAUCACUUUA